GUGAAGGGGGAGGGAGCGAGCGGGGCCCCACGGUGUUUGACCCGUCAGUCGGCGAGUGAAAAGAAAAGGAAGGAGGAGGUCUGGAGUAGCGGUUGCCGAAAUGUUCCGGUGUGGAGGCCUUGCGGCGGGUGGUUUGAAGCAGAAGUUGGUGCCCUUGGUGCGGACAGAGUGCGUCCGAAGCCCGAGGCAGCGGAACCGGCUCCCAGUUGUGCAGUGUCAUCACCUAGGAUCACCUUCUAGAUCACUAGCGUCUACAGGUGCAUCUGGGAAAGAUGGCAGCAACCUAGUGUACUUCUUAAUUGUAGGAGCGACAGUCACUGGGGCAGGAGUUUAUUAUGCCUACAAGACUAUAAAAGAUGACCAAAAAAGAUACAAUGAACGAAUAUCUGGGUUAGGAUUGACACCAGAAGAGAAACAGAAAAUGGCAACAUCAUCUGCUUCAGAAGGAGAGCCAGUUCCUCAAGUCAGGGUACCCAGUCAUUCCUGCUGAUUGGCGGAGGUACUGCUGCUUUUGCUGCAGCCAGAUCCAUCCGGGCUCGGGAUCCUGGGGCCAGGGUCCUGAUUGUAUCUGAAGACCCUGAGCUGCCGUACAUGCGACCUCCUCUUUCAAAAGAACUAUGGUUUUCAGAUGAUCCAAAUGUCACAAAAACAUUGCGAUUCAAACAGUGGAAUGGAAAAGAAAGAAGCAUAUAUUUCCAGCCACCUUCUUUCUAUGUCUCUGCUCAAGACCUGCCUCACAUUGAGAAUGGUGGUGUGGCUGUCCUCACUGGGAAGAAGGUAGUACAACUGGAUGUGAGAGGCAACAUGGUGAAACUUAAUGAUGGCUCUCAAAUAACCUAUGAAAAGUGCUUGAUUGCAACAGGAGGCACUCCAAGAAAUCUGUCUGCCAUUGACAGGGCUGGAGCAGAAGUGAAGAGCAGAACAACACUUUUCAGAAAGAUUGGAGACUUCAGAGCCUUGGAGAAGAUUUCACGGGAAGUCAAGUCGAUUACAAUUAUUGGUGGUGGUUUCCUUGGUAGUGAACUGGCCUGUGCUCUUGGCAGAAAGGCUCGAGCUUUGGGCACAGAAGUGAUUCAGCUCUUCCCUGAGAAAGGGAACAUGGGAAAGAUCCUCCCCGAAUACCUCAGCAACUGGACCAUGGAGAAAGUCAGACGAGAGGGGGUUAAGGUGAUGCCCAGUGCUAUUGUGCAGUCAGUCGGAGUCAGCGGUGGCAAGUUGCUCAUCAAGCUGAAAGACGGCAGGAACCCAAUGUCGAGUUGGCCAAGACUGGGGGACUGGAAAUAGACUCUGAUUUUGGUGGCUUCCGGGUAAACGCAGAGCUUCAGGCACGCUCGAACAUCUGGGUGGCAGGAGAUGCGGCGUGCUUCUAUGACAUCAAGUUGGGUAGGAGGCGGGUAGAACACCAUGACCACGCUGUUGUGAGUGGAAGACUGGCUGGAGAAAAUAUGACUGGAGCUGCUAAGCCGUACUGGCAUCAGUCCAUGUUCUGGAGUGACUUGGGCCCUGACGUUGGCUAUGAAGCUAUUGGUCUUGUGGACAGUAGUCUGCCCACAGUUGGUGUUUUCGCAAAAGCAACUGCACAAGACAACCCCAAAUCUGCCACAGAACAGUCAGGAACUGGGAUCCGAUCAGAAAGCGAGACUGAAUCUGAAGCUUCGGAAAUCACGAUUCCUCCCAGCGCCCCUGCAGUCCCACAGGCCCCCAUCCAAGGGGAGGACUACGGCAAAGGCGUUGUCUUCUACCUCAGGGACAAAGUGGUAGUGGGGAUCGUCCUGUGGAACAUCUUUAACCGAAUGCCGAUAGCAAGGAAGAUCAUUAAGGACGGUGAGCAACAUGAAGAUCUCAAUGAAGUAGCCAAGCUAUUCAACAUUCAUGAAGACUGAAGCCCCGCAGUGGGAUAGGCGAGCGCCUCACCAUCCCCAACAGUGCGUUGGAUGGGUCAAAGGAGCAUUUUUUAUUCAGCAGACUGUCCCUGUGUGUGUGUGUGUGAAUGAUCAAGCCCUUUGUGAAUAUUUCAACCAUGCAAAUUCUUAAUGUUCACAUCAUGAAAUAAAACCUGAUUCUUCUAAAUUAAAA